CUCACAGUCCUUGCCACACACCCACUUUGAGCGCAUACGCAGUUGAAGUGGACAGCUGAAUAUGGGAUCAAUACCUUCGGAACGCCGCUUCAAGGCUGACAGUAUUUGCAUCAUAGGCGCUGGUCCCAGUGGACUAGCAGCAGCGAAGUAUCUGAUCGCAGAGAAAGCAUUCUCGAGGGUUGUCAUCUACGAGCAGCGUUCGAAGACAGGCGGGCUAUGGAAUUAUUUGCCCUGUAAUGAGGGCUCUGCAAAAGUUCCUGUACCACAAACAAAUCCUCAUGCUGGGCAUGCUGAGCCGGUCUGGGGACAAGUCGGGCAAGAUGGCAGUGUGAGCGAAGAGCCGGACUUCAUCUCACCAGUCUACGAACGGCUCGAGACGAACAUUCCACGAGGGCUGAUGGGCUUUUCCGAUCUGGACUGGGAUGAAGAUCGCCAACUCUUCCCAAAGCACGAAGACGUCCUAAACUACAUUCAAACUUACGGCAAAGACGUCUCACACCUCAUAAAAUUACGCACCCAAGUCCUCGACGUCCGCCUCCGCCCCGACGAAAAAUGGACAGUCACCACAACUCCCAUCUCACAACCCAACAGUCCCCAAGAACCCACUGAAGAGACCUUCGACGCCGUCAUCUGCGCCAACGGCCACUACGAAGUCCCCUACAUCCCUCAAGUCCCCGGCAUCUCCACCUUUCACUCAACCUACCCAAACACAAUCUCCCACUCAAAAUUCUACCGCAAACCAGAAGCCUACACCAACAAAAAAGUCAUCAUCGUCGGAAACUCCGCUUCAGGAAUCGACAUCGGCUCCCAAAUCGAACACGUCUGCAAACUUCCCCUCAUAAUUUCUCAGAAGUCGGAAUCCUACCUCAACGUCGAAGGCUCCAAACCGACGAACAUCAAAAUCGAAAAACCAGAAAUCAUCGAAUACAUCCCCCAAAACCGAACCGUAAAAUUCUCCGACUCCACAACAGAAUCCCACAUCGAUGCAAUCCUCUACUGUACAGGCUACUUCUACUACUACCCCUUCCUCUCCUCCCUGCACCCUCCAAUAAUAACAACCGGCGAAAGAGUCCAAAACACCUACCAACACAUUUUCUACGCACCAAACCCAACCCUCUCUUUCCUAGUCCUAAACCAAAAAGUCAUUCCGUUUCCGAUGGCGGAAGUUCAAUCUGCCGUUAUCGCUCGGGUUCUUUCCGGCCGUCUCUCUUUACCUUCGUUGCACGAGAUGAAGAGCUGGGAAGAGGAUGUGGAGAAAGAAAUGGGAAAGGGACGGAAUUUUCAUGUUUUGAAGUUUCCGAGGGAUGCGGAGAUGAUUAAUUUUUUGGGGGAGUGGGCUAGAAGCGCGGAUGGGGAGGAGGUUGGGAUUGUUGGGGUUGGGAUUGUGGGGAAGAAGCCGCCAAGGUGGGGAGCGAAAGAGUUUUAUACGAGGGAGAGGUUUCCGAAUAUUAAGAGUGCGUUUAAUGCGUUGGGGGAGGAGAGGUAUCAGGUGAGGAGGUUGGAGGAGGUGGGGUUUGAUUUUGAGAAGUGGAAAGCAGGGACAGAGGAGGGAGGGAAGGGGAAGUAG